AGCCUGCCCUGCGGUCUGAGCUGUGAAACUCAAGGAACGGGGGAGCUGUGGGGAGCGGGAGCCCCAGCAAGCGGGUGCCAGCCCUGCCACACGCCCCGGGUGGCAUCCCCGUGUCCCCCGCUCCUGCCCUCUGUCCCCUUCCGUCUCCCCACCCCACUCCCCUGACCCCCGCAGCCCAGCCCAGGGAUGCCUAUUUAAUUCCCGGUCUCUGUGUUAACAGCCACCGUCCGGGUGCGAUGGAAACCUUUUUCAGGCGGCACUUUGGGAGGAAGGGGCCGCGGCGGGCCAGCGCGGUGGCCGUGCCCACGGGCAAGGCCAGGCGUCGCUCCCAGGCUGGGCUGCCCUCCGCCUCGCUGGCCCAGCGCCGCCGUGGCUCGGGUGCCCCUCUGCCAGCCCUCUCCUGCCUGGGGCUGCCCCGGCACCCCGGCCCCCGCCGCCGCUCCAGCACCACGCCGCCCUGCCUCAGCCCCAGGUUCGCCGUGCAGACGAAGCGCGGGGGCCGGGUGCGUGCCAUCGACGCCCACUUGGUGGGUCCCUCCAUCCUCCUGGCCAGCCUCAUCCCCACCGGAAAAGUGGGGGACGGGGCGCCCCGCCCCGACAGCUCCGGAUCCGAGUCUCCGGAGGAUGCCGGGGUCAGCGCGUCGGCGGGAGGCCGGCGCGAGCGGUGGGCUGAGGAGAGGUGGCUGGCCAUGCUGCCCCGGCUGCGGCCGCUCCAGGCCGGGCUGCUGUCGCGGGGUCCCCGCUGCCUGCGGCGAGCUUCUUCCCACCGCCUGCCCACCGAGCUCAUGUCCAACCGGGCUGCCUACGGCUUGCCGGGCCGCUACCGCCGCCUCAGCCAGCGCCGGCGCUCCAGCGAUGCCCACUGGCCCGGGCUGCUCCCCUCCGGCAACCCGCAGCUGCUGGCCCAGUUCUGCGGGGGGGUGGCUGGAGCCGGGUGCCCCCCUGUCACCCUCCCCGAGUGUUUGGGACCGGAGCCCGCUCGCCACGCUGCCCCGGACGGCUGGAGCCCCCGGCUGCUGAAAGCUAUUGCCAAGUCCAGCCUCCAGCACAUGGUAGCCCAGCCAAACCCUGCGCUAGCCGUGAGGAACGACUCGGAGAGGCAGAUACGCAGCACUGUGGACUGGAGCGAGACUGCAGUCUAUGGGGAGCACAUCUGGUUUGAGACCAAUGUCUCUGGGGACUUCUGCUACGUUGGGGAGCAGAACUGUAUGGCAAAGCUGCUGCAAAAACCUCUCUCCAGGCGUAAAUGUGCAGCCUGCAAGAUUGUAGUGCAUACACCCUGCAUCGAACAGCUGGAGAAAAUAAAUUUCCGCUGCAAACCUUCCUUCAGGGAGUCAGGAUCUCGGAACGUACGGGAGCCCAUUGUUGUCCGGCAUCACUGGGUGCACCGGAGGCGGCAGGAAGGGAAAUGCCGGCAGUGUGGCAAGGGUUUCCAGCAGAAGUUUGCCUUCCACAGUAAAGAGAUUGUAGCCAUCAGCUGUUCCUGGUGCAAGCAAGCGUAUCACAGCAAAGUGUCAUGUUUCAUGCUGCAACACAUUGAAGAGCCCUGCUCGCUGGGGGCUCACGCUGCUGUCGUCGUUCCUCCCACCUGGAUUCUGCGGGUCCGGCGGCCCCAGAAUCCAUUGAAGUCUAGUAAGAAGAAGAAGAGGACAUCAUUCAAGCGGAAAUCCAGCAAGAAGGGGGCCGAGGAAGGGAGGUGGAAACCCUUUGUCAUCAAGCCCAUGCCAGCUCCUCUCAUGAAGCCCUUGCUGGUGUUUGUGAACCCCAAGAGCGGUGGGAAUCAGGGAGCCAAGAUCAUCCAAUCUUUCAUGUGGUAUCUCAACCCACGUCAAGUUUUUGACCUCAGCCAGGGUGGACCCAAGGAGGCGCUGGAGCUGUACCGCAAGGUCCACAACCUCCGGAUCCUGGCGUGCGGGGGGGACGGCACGGUGGGGUGGAUACUCUCCAUUCUGGACCAGUUACGCCUCAACCCACCUCCUCCCGUGGCCAUCCUACCUUUGGGGACAGGGAACGACUUGGCCAGGACGCUGAACUGGGGUGGGGGUUAUACGGAUGAGCCUCUGUCCAAGAUCCUGUCGCACGUGGAAGAUGGGAACAUCGUGCAGCUCGAUCGCUGGAACCUCCAUGUGGAGCCGAACCCUGAUGCGAGCCCUGAGGAGAAGGAUGAGGCGGCCACUGAGAAGCUCCCCUUGGAUGUCUUUAAUAACUAUUUCAGCCUUGGCUUUGAUGCACGGGUGACACUGGAGUUCCACGAAUCCCGAGAGGCCAACCCAGAGAAGUUCAACAGCCGGUUUCGGAAUAAAAUGUUCUAUGCUGGGACGGCCUUCUCUGACUUCCUCACCGGGAGCUCCAAAGACUUGGCAAAGCAUGUCAAGCUGGUUUGUGACGGGACAGACCUGACCUCCAAGAUCCAGGACCUGAAGCCCCAAUGCCUGGUCUUCCUGAACAUCCCCAGGUACUGUGCAGGCACCAUGCCCUGGGGCAACCCCGGGGAGCACCACGACUUCGAGCCUCAGCGCCAUGAUGACGGCUGCAUUGAAGUUAUCGGCUUCACCAUGACAUCCUUGGCUGCCUUGCAGGUUGGUGGCCACGGGGAGCGGCUGUGCCAGUGCAGGCAGGUGGUUCUCACCACAUCCAAGGCCAUCCCCAUGCAGGUAGAUGGAGAACCCUGCAAGCUGGCAGCCUCCUGCAUCCACAUCUCGCUGCGCAACCAAGCCAACAUGGUGCAGAAGACCAAGCGGCGCAACUCCAUGCCUCUGCUCAAUGACCAGCAGCCAGUGCCCGAGCGGCUGCGGAUCCGGGUGAGCCGAAUCAGCAUGCGCGACUACGAGGCACUGCACUACGACAAGGAAAAGCUCAAGGAAGCCUCUGUGCCACUGGGAAUCAUCGUGGUUCCCGGAGACAGCGACCUGGAGUUGUGCCGGACCCAAAUCGAGAGGCUGCAGGAGGAUUUCCCUCCACAGCCCUCUGAUUUAGAGCGCCUGCUCUUUCAGGAGGGAGAUGGAGUCAAACCAAAGACACUGUCAUCCCAGAAGCUGUCGCCCAAGUGGUGCUUCCUGGACUCAACCACGGCUGAUCGGUUCUACAGGAUAGACCGUGCACAGGAGCACCUCAACUAUGUGACAGAGAUCUCUCAGGAUGAGCUCUAUGUGCUGGACCCGGAGCUAGUGAUCACCCAGACUGUGGGCACCUCUCCUGCCAUGCCUGACCUUGUCGACUUGUCUGCCGCACCCACUGGGCACCAUUUUGCAUUUCCCUCCUCUUCUUCCUCUCCACCCUCCUCUCCUGCCCCAAGUGCUGAGCCUGAGCACUGCCUUCUGCACCAAGACGACCUUCUGAUAGAAGCUGCCAAGAGUGGCAACUUCAGCAAGUUCCAAGAGCUGCACCGGGCUGGAAGAGACCUGAUGGUGCGAGACUCCUCAGGCCAGACCGUCCUCCACCAUGCCGUCAAAUCAGGGAGCAAGGACAUCGUCAAAUACAUCAUCGACAACGCCCCUUCAGAAAUCCUCGAUGCCACGGAGGAGGAGAACGGCGAAACCAGCUUGCACCAGGCUGCAGCCUUACGCCAGCGCACUAUCUGCCACUACAUCGUGGAGGCCGGGGCUUCGCUCAUGAAGACGGACCUGCAGGGAGACACCCCCAAGCACCGGGCUGAGAAAGCCAACGACCCCGACUUAGCUGCCUACCUCGAGAACCGACAGCACUACCAGAUGAUCCAGCGGGAGGACCAGGAGACAGCUGUGUAGUGCUCGGCGUGCCUUAGCCCAAGCCAGCUCGGGCAGGACGAGAAGAGGACGAUGCCAGCUGGCAGAGCUGUGAGUCUGGCCCUGCUCUCCCAAGAUCUCAACCUGGUCCCCGGAGGAGAUGGAGACAGCAGAGCUCUGCCCCAAGCUGGGCUGGGACUCUUUAUGAGGACAGUGGGUAUUUGGGACUUGAAGCCUGGCUCUUUGUGUGUGUCCCCCUUCACCCUUCAUCCAACACAUUCCCUGCUCUGGAUGGGCUCCAUCCCGCAGCCCUGUUGGGGCAGGCCAGGCUGAAGCCUCCGAUCACCCUUGUGCAGGCUCCUACCUAUGAUCCUUGUGGGAUAUCAUUGCUCACCCUCUCUCCCUGCCGGCAGUGCCCCUCCCUUAGAAGCUUGGGUAAGUUCAUGUCCUGUUCCUCCUCUCCUGUCCGGUACAGCCGCGGGAGGUGCAGGCUGUGUGGGCAAACAGCAGAAGCCGUGAGCCUCAGACUUUGCUCCAAGGGAAGCGCCAUGACUUACUGCCCCUGCCUCCUCCUCCCUCCUGUAUUUUGGGGCUGCCCCGGGUCUCUGUGUUGCCCCACCAGGACCUUCUGCGGCAGGGGGGAAGUCCCCAGCCAUCCCUCAGCUGCGCCAGUCCCAGAUGCUCUGGAAGCAGGGCAGCCCCCGGCCUCCCGGUUGCCUUUAGAGCCCAAGCCAGUCUGGCCCAGGGCAGAGAUGGCAUGGAGGAAGGCUACCGAGUCUUCCCACCAUCUUUCCCUCCACAGGGCUGGAUGGGGCAGGCAGAGCACCCAGUGUCUGAUGGGCAUCUCUCUGUGAGCCUGCUGCAGCACCUAGCCAUGGGAGAGCUGCGCUUGGCCUGAGCAGUGGCUGUGGUGGAGCCCGUUAAAUUUCCCAAAUGCUGACUUUGAUCCGGCUGCCCUCCCUGCUUCAGCUCCCCUCCUUGAUGCUGGAGAUUGCACUGGGCUGGAGGGGCAGUGCUGGGGUCAGUGCUGCUCUCAGGGAUUCCCCCCACGCUCCCCAACCUGUCAACACACAUCCUCUGAGUCCCGACUCCUGCCAUCCUCCCAAACUGGGCACAGGGCUUUGCAGGGAAAAUUUGGGAGCUCGCCCAGCCCAGACACAAGCUCCCUGGGCAGACCACCAGCUCACCCUCUCUAGUUUUAGCAGAAGGAGGGAUUUGGAUGCCAAAGAGGCAUCAGGGCUCCCAGCCCUGAGUCACACCUGCAAUGGGAUGGCAUUUCACACAACCUGCCAUGGGGCACGAGGCACCAGGACCCAUCUCCCCUGCGGACGCUGUGGGUGCUGCGCGUGAGGCUUUUGCAGAACUGACAGUCUCUGGGGCCGGGAGGUGCCAGCAGAGGAGGAGAGCUGGUGGCUCUGGAUCCUGCUUUGGCACCUGCAGGUGGGUGGGUGGUAGUUGCGAAGUGGGGUGCCGCUCGCGGCUUUGGGUCCCAGGAGAGGAGGAUGAUGCUGCUGUGUAGGGUCUGUGUGGUCCCAGCCGCGCUCACAGCCAGCUGCGCCCACCAGGUAGUGCUGGGUGCCACCACUGGAAUCCCUCCUAAUACCAAUACCAAAAAACCAGUAUGAGGAUACCGCAGAGAACCAGAAUAUCCUUCAGGCUUUUUGGCCGGAGGGUGGAGUUCCCUUGGAGGAUGAGGAAUGCUGUGGUGGGGAGCAGAGGCGCAGGGCAAGGCAGAGUGUCAGGGGCCAGCGGCAGUAUUGACAAUUAAUAACAAGAGCACGCCAGUGUGUUGAGAGCUGGGAUGCUCCGGCAGCGCCCGGGGUCCCCAUCAGCACUGCUCUCAGGCCACCGACAGACAAGGCACUGUCACCUUCUCAGAGGUCCAAACCGCUGCCCCUCCAGCCGGGAUGCCCAGCCCGGCCCGGAGGCGUUUACAGCCCUAGCUUCCCCCCCCCUUUCUCCCUCGUUUUGUAUCUUCCCUUAUAGUUUUUGUACAGGUAGUUGAGAGACACACUGUCCCCCUCCCUUCCUGGCCCCUCCGUGCGUGCGCGAGCUGAGUUGCUGUGCAAUUCCAAGCCUGGCUUGUAUUUCAGCGAAGGCGGAGGGGGUGUUGUUCGCCCUGCCCGCGGAGGGCAGGGGUUGUGUGCAAUACCUGGGUCUGUGUUUCCUAGACGCUGUCGUAGGACUGUAUUUUUGUAACUCUGUGAGGGUGCCGGCUCCAGCAGGCCCAGGGCCUGGCACGAGCCUGCGUUCCCGUCGCUUUUCGACUUGGACCGUUUGGAUGUUGUUGUUUCUUGCCAUUAAAAUAAAGAGAUGGAUGUUUUAGUUCCUGUA